AUGAAACAAAGAGAGAAUCACCGUCGUUCGGUUGUCCGACCCUCUCCUGUUGUUGCUGUGAUUGUCUCUCCUCCUACGGAGAUGGUUUUCCCUACUUCUGUGGAUGCAUCUGAGCCAUUUGCAGUCGCUACAUCGCCUAAUCGGGUUGUGUCCCCUAAUUCUUAUCCUAGUUUGGCUAUGGCCAUCGUUCCGGUUCCGCCUACCGUCACUGAGAUGUCUCCAUCUCCUCCGUCGACGUCCCUUCCCGAGGUGGUGACUGCGUCUGCUCCUCCAAUCAGUCCUACGGUUGGUGUGGUCAAUGCCCAUCCUCCUUGUUUAGUUGGUAAGUCUUCUCCACCCGUCUCUGUAUCUUCCCCAAAACGUGUUACUCGUUCUUCUGUAGUGUCUGAGUCUCCACCUGGUGAGUCCUCUCCAUUGCCGAACCCAAACCCACCAUAUCUUUCACCUCCCAAGUCGCCUUCUAUGUCUAAGCACUCCUCACCCAAAACUCCCAAGACACGGUCUGCCUUCAAGUCCAAACCCAAACCCAAACCCCAUGUUCCUGUACAAUCCAAAGGAAAGGGUAAACUGCCUGUUUCAUCACCUCCCACAAAAUCAUCAGCUCCAAAACGUAAGCCCAAGGACACUCAGUUUGAACUCUCUCCUAAAAAAUCCAAGCGUGCCUCUAGCCCUAAGGAUUCUGUGUCUUUUGUUGAUCCAUCCUCUAUUCAAUACUUUGUUGAUGCUACCAAGGCCUCACAUUAUCAAAGAUGGUUUGUAGUGAGAGACUUGUGGCCUGAAUAUUCUGUUGUUUUGGAGGAUUUUCUUGAUUUAGUUGCUCUUUUACAGUCUAGGCAUUGGGUUAAUUCAGUGUCCAAAUUGGUGUCUCCUCAUCCCAUUCUCAUUAGGGAGUUUUAUGCUAAUUUAGAUAGGUCUGUUUUAGAUGGGAAAAAUGAGGAUUGUCUUACUGCUUUUGUAAGGGGUAGUCGUAUAAAAUGUGCACCAUCCACUAUAGCUCGUGCACUCAAGGUUCCAAAAGUACUUAAACCUGCCUAUAAUAAGUCCUAG